AGAACUCAGAACAAAACACCAAAAAGAAAGUUCAUCAUCUCAACUCAAUCUCCUCCUUCUUCUUGCCUGGUUUGGUUCCACCAAGCCAAGGUAGGUGAGGUGUUUCAUUUGCUUGAGCCUCCAUGGUUGAUUAGGAUAGAAUAAACCAGUAGCAUCCCAUCAUCAGAGCAUUAAGAAAAACCAAAAAAGUUUGCCACCAUCUUGUUCAAGGGUAUACAGGGAAAAAAUCCCAUAUAUUUUUUUCCUGUACGCCUGAGAAAAGCUACCAUCUUUAAUCUUUUCUCCUCAUUCAAUCAUGCAUACUCGUGCAAGCCUCUGGCUUUCUCUUGUGUGCAUCUGUGUUUUGUUGAAUCACAUUCAUGGUGCAUUCAAAGAGGAAGCAGGGUCAUUGAUCUUGGGUUGUGGAUUGGGUGAAGGAGGAGCAAAAGAUCCUGAUGGAAGACAAUGGGGUCCUGAUAACAAGUACCUAGCACAAGGUGGUGAUCAUUCCAUCGCAUCUAAAGCCUCUUACCAAGACCCUUCUGUUUUAUCUGAUGUGCCAUACAUGUCAGCAAGAGUUUUCACAUCAGAGACAACAUACAAUUUCCCUGUUCAACCUGAUAAACGUUACUGGCUCAGGCUCCAUUUCUAUCCCUCUAUCUAUGGCAAUUUCGUCGCCUCCGAUUCAUUUUUUUCUGUGACUGCAAAUGGUGUCACGCUUCUUAGCAAUUUCAGCGCCUCAAUCACUUGUGAGGCCCUCUCACAAGCUUACAUUGAUAGAGAGUAUUCCCUUGCACCUUUGAAUUCAGAAACCUUAACCCUCACUUUCAAGCCUUCUUCUGACAAGGCUUUUGCUUUUGUCAAUGGCAUUCAACUCAUCCCAAUACCUGAAAUCUUUGAUGCUGCUAUAUUGGUUGGGUAUUCUGAUCAAACCAUGGAUGUCAAGACCUUGAAUUUGCAAACCAUGUUCAGAUUAAACGUUGGUGGACAAUACAUAUCUCCAACACAAGAUUCUGGCCUUACAAGGAUGUGGUAUGAUGACACACCUUACCUGUAUGGUUCAGCUAGUGGUGUUACCAAUCAAGCUACGGACGAUGUUGCCAUCAAUUACCAAACAAUGCCAAACUACACUGCUCCUCCUGCUGUCUACUCCACAUCAAGAUCAAUGGGGGCUGAUAAGGCUGUCAACAUGGGCUACAAUCUCACAUGGAUUUUCCAAGUUGACCCAAAUUCCAUGUACCUUGCAAGGUUGCAUUUCUGUGAUUACUACUAUUCCAAGUCCAAUGAGAUUGUUUUCGACAUCUUUAUCAACAACCAAACAGCACAGACUCAAGCUGAUGUGGUAGGGUGGUCAGGAGGUAAAGGGGUACCAGUAUACAAGGACUAUGUGGUGUAUGUUCAAGAUAGGGUGGAGGAUCAGAUGCUCUGGCUUGCUCUACAUCCAGAUCCUGAUAGUAAGCCAGAGUUCUAUGAUUCUCUACUCAAUGGGGUGGAGAUUUUCAAGCUCAAUGACACAAACUUGUCUGGCCCUAAUCCUCAGCCUUCAGAUAUGCUUCUCAAGGAUCAAGAGGAGCAAAAUGCAGGUUUCCACAACCACAAAGCAUAUAAUAGGAGUGCUGUUAUUGGUGGAGCUGCUGGAGGUGCUGCUGGUCUUGCAAUAAUGGCUGUAAUAUUUGUUGCUGUCUACCAGAAGAGGAGAGCUCCGGGAUCCGAUGGAACGCACACGAGCUGGCUGCCUAUCUAUUUGAACUCAAACGCAAAUGGCAGCAAGUCCAGCACAUCCGGGAAGAGCAUUGCAAGUUCCAACCUCGCCGCGGCAGCGCAAGGUCUUUGCCGGUUCUUCUCCUUGCAAGAGAUAAAGCAUGCAACCAAGAACUUUGAAGAGUCCAAUGUGAUUGGGGUUGGUGGAUUUGGAAAGGUUUACAAGGGCGUCAUUGACAAUGGAAUGAAAGUGGCAAUUAAAAGGUCCAACCCGCAGUCAGAGCAAGGAGUCAAUGAAUUCCAGACUGAAAUUGAGAUGCUUUCCAAGCUGAGGCACAAGCAUUUGGUGUCCUUGAUUGGAUUUUGCGAGGAGGACAAUGAGAUGUGCCUGGUUUAUGAUUACAUGGCUCUUGGAACCUUCAGGGAACAUUUGUAUAAGGGCAACAAGCCUGUGGCUACCCUAUCAUGGAAGCAAAGGUUGGAGAUCUGCAUUGGAUCUGCAAGAGGCCUUCACUACCUUCACACAGGAGCUAAGUACACGAUCAUUCAUAGAGAUGUCAAAACAACUAACAUUCUCUUGGAUGAGAACUGGGUUGCCAAGGUUUCAGAUUUUGGCUUGUCGAAAACAGGUCCUGAUAUGAAUCAAGGCCAUGUUAGCACUGUGGUGAAGGGAAGUUUUGGCUACUUGGAUCCUGAGUACUUCAGAAGGCAACAACUGACCGAAAAAUCUGAUAUUUAUUCAUUUGGGGUUGUCCUGUUUGAAGCCCUCUGUGCAAGGCCUGCUCUGAAUCCUAGUCUUCCAAAAGAACAAGUUAGUCUUGCAGAAUGGGCACUGCUCAAUAUAAAAAAAGGAACCAUAGAGGAUCUCAUUGACCCUCAUAUCAAGGGAAAGAUUAAUCCAGAAAGCUUGAAAAAAUUUGUAGUCACUGCUGAAAAGUGCUUGUCUGAUUGUGGAGCUGAUCGUCCCUCCAUGAAUGAUCUGCUGUGGAAUCUAGAAUUUGCUCUGAACCUGCAAGAAAACGUUGACGGCUCAACUCACUCGGCACCCGUUGAUCAAAGCGAGUUUGAAGAGAUAAGCUUGGGAAACAACGACAUAGCAAACCAUUACAAAAACCUGAGCCUUGGAAGUGAGUAUGAGCUUAGCCAGGAUUCCAAUGAGAGUCCCACUGCCAUCUUUGCAGAACUGAUCAACCCAAAAGGGCGAUGAAGAGAAAUGCUCUGGAUGAUGGUUUUGCCAUAGGGGAAACAGCUUUGUGCGUUUAAGGAAGCCGUGGAAUGCAAGGGUUAAGGAAGCCAUGGAAUGCAAGCAAAUAAAACCGGUUAUUGUAUAAUGCUUCAAUUGCUCCUUUAUUUGUCUGGUUUCUAAUUCUAUUAUACUUCCCUCAUGGCUGUCAUGUUUUGCUACAUAUAUGAAUAUUAUUUAUACUAUGUCAGUUUUGUUUCUGCAAAAUCUGAAUACCAUUCAAUUCAUGUCAUGUAUCUACACUCUACAGUUGUUUAGAAAGCAUGGGGGAUUACUUGUUGCUUA